AUAAACAUAUGUGAGUACCAUACAACCUUUACAGCUACCCAUUUGAAUAUUCUCCAGCUCUAAACAAAAGAGGUUUUGAUGGCAACUUUUCAACCGGGUUUUCGCUUCUAUCCAACAGAAGAAGAACUUGUUUCGUUCUAUCUCAGCCACAGGCUACAAGGCCACAACCAAACUGAUCUUGAUAGAGUUAUCCCUGUCGUCGACAUUUACGAUCUCGAACCAUCGCAGCUACCAAACUAUUCGGGAGAGUUGUGCAGAGAGGACAAGGAACAAUGGUUCUUUUUCGUGCCAAUGCACGAGAGAGAGGCUCGGGGAGGGAGGACUAAUCGAACCACAGCUUCCGGAUACUGGAAAGCGACGGGGUCACCUAGUUAUGUUUAUUCUUCGCAAAACAAGGUGAUCGGAGUGAAGAAAACUAUGGUUUAUUACAGAGGGAAAGCUCCGUUAGGUCGAAAAACCAGGUGGAAGAUGAACGAAUAUAAAGCCAUUGAAGAACAAGUCAUCGCCGGAGCCUCUACUAGUUGUGCUGCUCCAAGGUUGCGGCAUGAGAUGAGCGUAUGCCGAGUCUAUGUGAUAUCCGGCACAUUUCGAGCAUUCGAUCGACGACCACUGGGAACAGCGAUCAUGGAGCCAGUAGAUGAGCCGCAAGAUGGCCAAGAAAAUAUAGUUACGAGAACAAGCUCAUCUGCCGAAUAUAUCUACAGAGAAACAGAUAUUGGCAAUACAAUGAUCAUAGACAAUGCAGGCGUUUCUUGUUCCGAACCGAUGAUCAUACAUCAUGCUGCGCCAUUUUCCGGGGAGGAUUAACAGUUUAAUUGAUCGUUACGCUAACUAUAGUGAUAAUAAUUCAAACAUAUCCGGUAUAUCCCGUUUCUAGUAAAUUCGAUCUUAGUGGGAGAUUGUCUAACCGGCCUGGCCUAAAAUUUCCUGUUCAGAGUAUCUAUUCGAAAGUAGAUUACUUUGAUGCUAAAAUAAUUUAAAAGUUGUUACGUGCGUUCUUUCUUCUUUGGUCUAUAAAAUAUAGUAGCUAUUUAAUUUUGUCCUGGUCGGUAGACUUGUGUAAUAUUUCUUACUUUAUGCGAAUUCUUUUGUGAUUUUUUA